UUAAUACUUAUGCCGAGGUGACCCUUAACAACAACAAUAACAAUGCGAUGGAAGCUACUGUGGUUCUUUUGGCUUCUGCACCAGCCUUCGUCGGGUGUGGACGUAUCUCUCUCGCCUGAACAUCAGUAGCAAAUUUCCCUCGUUCUCACUGGGACGCUCAUCUAUUUUACCCGCCGAGCACUCGACAGGAGGGGCACCUGUUCAUCGGCUUACUUUUAGCCAGCUCCAUUUUUUCAGCUCUGUGGAAAAUUCUUUAUCGGUCUUGGUGGGAAGCCGGUUACUGAACUCAGGUGGGAGUGUGGGCGUCCCUCUCUGCUGGGGCUUGGCAAGGGCGUCCACCGGAUCUAAUUGGAAACUUCAAGUUUCUGUCUCUGUUUACAAAGGAACUUUCGUUCCUUUUCUCUCAUCGCACAGCCUUGGGCAACAAUUUUUCCUCGUACCAUCAAGAAACCGGGCUCAGUACAGCUUAUGCUGUCAGUGGCCCUGAUAAACCCAACAAAGAAGUUACAUUACCUACAAUGGUGUUAUCAAGAGCAAAUAAAGUUGGCUUAAUUGGACUAAAGUUUCAUUCAAAAUUUGUGGAGAAAACAAGAGUGGCAGUCUGUCCUGUGAGAUGUCUCUUGCUGCAGAGUUGGCAAUCUACAUCACAUCCAGCUAAUAGUGCCCAAGCAAACGAUCUCAAAAAUCUCGACAAAAUUCGCAACAUUGGCAUCAUGGCACAUAUUGAUGCAGGAAAGACAACAACCACUGAACGCAUGCUGUUCUAUAGUGGUUUCACAAAAACUGUUGGUGAGGUUCAUGAUGGAGAUACAAUUAUGGAUUACAUGGAACAGGAACGAGAAAGAGGGCACCCAUGUUUUCCCCUUACUUUGGCUACUUUUAAAAAUCCACCCGGGAACCUCAACAAAAUGGACAAACCAGCAGCUAGUCUUCAUAUGUGUCGAGAAUCAAUAAAAGAAAAGCUUCAUGCCACUCCAUUAGUUUUACAAUAUCCAGUGGGUCAAGGAAAAGAAUUUACUGGAUUGGUUGACCUUGUGCAUAUGUGCAAGAUGAUAUGGAGUCAGCAGAGUAGAGACUAUGGCAGCAAGUAUGAGGUUCAUACUUUGAAUAAAGAUGGUGAUGACAGUUUGUGGGACCCAUCCUUCUUGGCAAGAUGUGAACUGACAGACCAGCUAGCUGAUCUUGACAACAAGCUGGCAGAGUAUGUGUUAGAAAAGGAGUCAAUAGAGAAUGUACCUCCACCAAUACUUGAAGAAGCAAUAAGAAGAGUCACAAUAAACCAGACUGCAGUUCCUGUUCUCAUGGGCAGCUCAUACAAGAAUACUGGGGUCCAGCCAUUAAUGAAUGCGGUGAUCAGUUACCUGCCAUCCCCUCAGGAACGCCAGCUUGAGACUGUUGCAUUAUAUGCCCCUCACCUCUGUGCUAUGGCAUUUAAGAUUGUCCAUGACAAACAGUUUGGUGGCAUAUUAACUUUUGUUCGAAUAUACUCUGGGCAUUUGGAGAAGGGUCAGAGGCUGUAUAAUAUAAAUGCAGAACAGCCAGAGAAAGUGGGAAGAGUUAUGAUUGCUUAUGCUGACACCUUCAAGGAGAUACCAACAGUCAAAGCAGGAAAUAUUGUGGUUCUUACUGGAUUAAAGAUUACUAGUACGGGAGACACUCUGGUCGGAAGUUAUUCUUUAGCCAACAAUGUUAAGAGGAAGUUACUGGAUGACAAGAGAGAUCCCCAAACAGCCAUGUUGCUUGGUGUUAAAGUGCCUGAGCCAGUCUUCUUCUGCUCUGUAGAGGCACCUUCCACAUCACAGCAAAAGGCCUUAGAUGCAGCUCUCAUACAGCUACAGAGGGAAGACCCCAGCUUAAAAGUAAAAGUUGACCAAGAUACUGGACAAACUGUUCUCUCUGGUAUGGGAGAGCUUCAUCUUGACAUCAUUCGAGAUCGUAUCCAGAAAGAAUUUAAGGUGGAGGCAGAAUUGGGCCCAUUACAAGUGGCUUACAGAGAAACAUCCAGAAUGUCCUGUACUCACACUCUUGAUGUUAACAAGAUGAUAAGUGAGAUGAGACAACAAGUGAAAUUAACACUCUCCAUUGAGCCUGAAUGUAACUACAGGUUCAGCUCACUUGAGUUGGCAUUCUCUAAAGACAAUCUAGAAAAUCUUCAUGCUAUACGCCAUCACCACAUGUCAGCCUUAAACCGGGGUGUGAGUUCUGCUUUGACCAGUGGACCCAUUCUAGGUUUCCCAGUCGUUGACAUAAAAGUUGCCUUAAACUGGUUGGAAGUUGGCCGUGGAACAUCAGAAACCAUAGUUGCUGCUGCAGCUGCUCAGUGCAUCCAUCAGCUCUUGCAAAAAGCUCAUUGCCAGUUACUUGAACCCAUCAUGGAAAUGGAGAUAGUCACAGAUGAAGAAUACACAUCACGUGUCCUUGGUGAUCUUUCUCGUAGAAGAGGAAGCGUCUUGCAAGUUGCACAUCGCCAAGACUUGAGGGUGAUCACAGUAGAAUGUCCACUAGCAGAACUGAUGGGUUACUCAACAGCUUUGCGAACUCUUACAUCAGGAACAGCGACCUUUACCAUGGAGCUCUCUGACUACCGGUUGAUGAAUUUAUCUGAACAGGCAGCAGCAAUUGAAGCCAUUACAGGAUUUGCUCCACAGUAAAUAUUUGCUGUUAGGUAUUCAUCAAAAUUAUCAAACUUUAACUGACAUAGAUUGUGCAAUUUGUUGUACUGUACACAGUAGCAGAUCUACAUUUUUGGGGCUUUGAAGGUUGAACUUCUAUGGGACCCCUUCACAACCAGCCUACAUGAUACUUUAACCCUUUCAGGGUCCGUCCUGUAGUUCUAUGGCUUUGAAACCAGGGUCCAAGCCAUAGAACUACGCCAAAAUUCUAGCGGCCUCAAAUUUAGUGCGAAAAGGCUGGUAGGCCUACAUCUAAGAGAAUGGGUCUGUGUGGUCAGUAAACAAAAAAUCUGGGCACCCGCAUGGGAACGCUGUCUCGGUACGCUUUGUUCACCAUGCCCUGCAGCAAGAUAGCUCUCACUCUGAGGCGAAUUGGGACUCUCCUCUUCCCAAGUGAUACUUCUGACACUGACGGAAAUGGAUCUGAAGAGGAAUUCUAUGGUUUUGAUCAAUUUGUGACCGAACGCCAUGAUCAGGAUAUUGAAAAUAGUGCUGAAAAUCCUGAUGACCCUCAGCCUUCCACCUCGGGUGCUGGUGCCUCUGUCACGUUCAGUUGUACCUCGUUGCAAGAGAAAACUAAUAUUUUCACGUGGCCAGGCCUCGGACUUGAGUAAUACAGUGAUAUCGCAGUCAAGACUACAUUGGUGGAAGGAGACAACUGUGGCUGAAAUGUAUUUGUUUUUUGCAAAAAUAAUACUUAUGCCUCAUGUCUAUAAGCAUAAUAUAAAAUCAUACUGGUCCAUAAAUCGUCUAAUUUGUACCCCGGCCUUCAGUGAAAUCCCAGUGAACAGAUUUGUCUUACUGUUACGUAUGUUGCACUUCUCUGACAAAACCAGGCCUGGCAGAAAUGACAGGUUAUACAAGAUUAGAAAUGUUCUUAUGUAUCUGAAACAAAAGUUCAACAUGUACUUUUAUCCAUUCAAGAAUCUUGUAAUUGAUGAGUCUUUGAUUUUGUUCAAAGGCAGACUGUCAUUCAAGCAGUAUAUACUGAGCAAGAGGAAAUUCUUUGGUAUAAAACUGUUUGUACUGUGUGACUGUGACGGUGGCCUGGUAUUGGACAUAAUUGUAUACACGGGAAGUAAAACAUUGAAUGUUACCGGGAUGUUAUUGGGUAUCUCAGGUGACGUAGUGAGAACAAUGAUGGCACCAUAUCUUGGUAAGGGGCAUACAUUAUAUGCUGAUAACUGGUACACAAGUCCCUUACUCACUGAUUUCUUGCGAGUGAACGUGACAGACGUUUGGCACAGUGUGUUCUAAUCGUAAAAAUAUGCCCAAGUUCAACACGAGCACUUGUAGUGGUGACGUGUAGGUGUUUACUGCCAAUGACAUCAUGGCAUUGCGGUGGCAUGACAAAUGAGAUGUCACGUUGUUGACAUCCAUUCACCAUAACGAAAUGAAAGACAGUGGCAGGGUGGAUAGUGACUAAUGAACGUAUUUUAAAACUAGCAACAGUGGUUGAUUAUACACAAAACGUGCGUUUGGUUGACAAAUGUGACAUGUAGAUUGGCUUUGUCGACUGUGUUCAUAAGAGUUACAAGUGGUACAUGAAACUUUUCUUCCAUCUCGUGGACAUUUCAAUGCUUAAUGCACAUAAAGACCGGCAACAGACCACUGUAUGAUGAAUUUUGUUUAUCUGUCAUCAGACAACUAAUAAGUACCAAGUCACAACACCUGCUAUACAAAACUGUCCACAAACUGAUCACCAAUUACCCAAUCAUUUGAGGUGGGAAGGUGAUUACUUCCUAAUACAGCUUCCUGCAACUAAGAAGAAAUGGGCCCAGAAAAGAUGUGUAGUCUGUGCACAAAGACACUCGGUUUAUGUGCGAGGAAUGCAAGACACCACUGUGCAUGAUACCUUGCUUCAAAGACCUCCACAGACUGCAGCAGUUCUAGGAACAUGUCCAGUGAUUGCACAUAUGUAAAUACAUAAUAGAACAUUACUAAUAUACAACAUUUUUGCAUGUUUUAUGUUGUAAACAAGUUUUGUAAGCAAUAUGAUAAAUUAGUACGGUUAUUGUGUUGAUCGGAAAUUUUUGUUUGUUUCAUUACCUACAGAAAAUUAUUAUCUUUAAUGCUCUAAGAUUUAUUUAUUUUUUUUUUUUUCUUUUUGAAAAAAUUCUUCAACCCUGGCUCACACUUUGAGAUUUGGCCUCUGGACCCUGAAAGAGUUUUAUUACCUUCUAAUUUUCAUUUUCAUUUGAAUUAUACUAUAUUACUGAGAGCGCUUGAAUUUCCUGAACCUGUACUCCCUGGAAUGCAGGCGGGAGAGAUACAUGAUUAUAUACACCUGGAAAAUCCUAGAGGGACUAGUACCGAAUUUGCACACGAAAAUCACUCACAAUGAAAGCAAAAGACUCAGCAGACGAUGCAACAUCCCCCCAAUGAAAAGCAGGGGUGUCACUAGCAUGUUAAGAGACAAUACAAUAAGUGUCAGGGGCCCGAGACUGUUCAGCUGCCCCCCAGCAUACAUAAGGGGGAUUACCAAUAGACCCCUGGCUGUCUUCAAGCAGGCACUGGACAAGCACCUAAAGUCGGUACCUGACCAGCCGGGCUGUGGCUCGUACGUUGGAUUGCGUGCAGCCAGCAGUAACAGCCUGGUUGAUCAGGCUCUGAUCCACCAGGAGGCCUGGUCACAGACCGGGCUGUAGGGGCAUUGACCCCCAGAACUCUCUCCAGGUAAUAUUAUUUAUGUUUUUUAUAAACCCCUUCUCAUACAGUAGACUCAAAAUUUUUAAGCAAUGUGGACUAAAGUCUCUUCUGGGGUCUCUCCAGGAUUAGGGACCCUGAAGUUUAAGCUUCAUUAGUUUCAUAGUAGAUCUGCCCCUGACUGUACAGUAUAAAUUAAAAUCUUAUUACAGAUUACAGGAACAUUUUAGACAUUUCACAAAUUAUUGAAAAUUAUAAUGAGAUAAUUGGUUACUGUCAAGACAUUUUAGAUAAAAAAUGAUCAAAUUGAAGGUAUUGGUGAGUUACACUUGUAUUUGUAUAUUAUGUAUAUUAAGUAAAUAAAUUAUUUUUCUUA